CGAAUUUACAAAAGCGGAUUGGAGGGACCCGUCUUACUGCUCUUACACGGUGGAGGCCAUUCUGCUCUUUCCUGGGCUGUAUUUACUUCUGCCAUCAUUAACAGGAUUCAGUGUAGGAUCGUGGCUUUAGAUCUCCGAGGCCAUGGAGAAACAAAAGUUAGGAAUCCUGAAGAUCUGUCUGCAGAGACUAUGUCAAAAGACGUCGGGAACGUGGUGGAAGCUCUGUAUGGGGACCUUCCUCCCCCCAUCAUGCUGAUCGGGCACAGCAUGGGGGGGGCCAUCGCCGUGCACACAGCGGUGGCCAAUUUGGUGCCAAGUUUACUGGGUCUGUGCAUGAUCGACGUUGUGGAAGGUACAGCCAUGGACGCGUUGAACAGCAUGCAGAACUUCUUAAGGAGUCGUCCCAAAACAUUCAAGUCACUUGAGAAUGCCAUUGAGUGGAGCGUAAAAAGCGGCCAGAUAAGAAAUCUUGAAUCUGCCAGAGUUUCUAUGGUUGGUCAAGUCAAACAGUGCGAAGGGGCUGCCAGUCCUGAAUGUCCUAAAGCCAUAGUGGAAGGUAUUAUUGAAGAAGAGGAGGAGGAGGAAGAGGAUGAGGAAGGGGGAGGCUCUGUCAACAAAAGGAAGAAAGAAGAUGACACAGAGACAAAGAAGGAGCACUUAUACACGUGGCGAAUCGAACUGGCGAAAACAGAAAAGUACUGGGAUGGCUGGUUCAGGGGUUUAUCUAACCUUUUUCUAAGCUGUCCAACCCCAAAGCUUUUGCUUUUAGCUGGUGUUGACAGACUGGAUAAAGAUCUAACAAUUGGACAGAUGCAAGGGAAGUUUCAGAUGCAGGUCCUCCCGCAGUGUGGCCACGCAGUCCAUGAAGAUGCUCCAGACAAGGUUGCUGAAGCUGUCGCCACGUUUCUGAUCCGUCACAGGUUUACAGAGCCCAUUGGUGGAUUCCAGUGCGUGUUUCCUGCUUGUUAAUACCCUGGUGUUCUCCAGCACUGAGUCCUGUUGUAAAUAAACUGCACCAGAGGCCACUGUGAUGUAUCCAUACCCUUUCAUCUCUCCAGUUCAGCGGCAGUGAGAAGUUGGUGUGAGAUUCAUCCCCUAGAACUAGUUCUCCAGAAUGUGUAAAUGCUUAGGGACUUCCUUGCUGGGAAGCAGCUUGGUAACUGAAGACCAUGAAAAGCUCUUCAGGCCCUUGGAAGCGGGCUCCUCUCUGCUGCCACAAGGAAAGACCUCCUGAAUUCCCAAGUAGUCCAUCAUACCGAUUCUCCAUCGAUUCUCAGGCUUUCUUGGACCCAACGGUCCAAAAGGGGCCGUUGGCCAUCCAGAUCCACCGAGGGCAUUGCAGCAUAGCCAAAGGCUUCAGGAUUUCUCCAUGGAAUUCGUCUAAUUGUCUUUUGAAGUACCCCUUAGGUUUGUUUUUAUAUACAUAUAUAUAUAUAUACACACGUGUUUCUUUCCCCUAAAGCAGAUGAGGAAUCGGCUUCGUUGGGAGCUCAGGUUUCGUCUCACCGAUGCCAGCCUUAGGAGUUAAACUGCAGGAAACAGCCCAGAUGCUACCAAAAGGUGAGGAGGGGGCACCGUGAGCUCCGUUUCAGAGUCUGGCAGCUUUCUUACUGCUUCUUUCCAUUUCUCAACUGAGGAAAAAACCAGCCCCGGAUAACUCCAUCUACUGCAAACACAUAAACAGGUUUAUGGGGAGGACCCAAGAGCAGCCCUAACAACGUGGUCUGUGGGCACUUUGUCUCUUUGGCCAUUCCCUGCCCCUGUGAUGGGUUUGUGCUUCCCUUCUUGAAGCUGCUACACACAACUGACCAGAGAUCGGCGCCUUUUGGGUGAAAAGAACGCAAAAAGCACGGUAGAUAAAACCCUGGAAGAGCUUGGAGUCCGUCCUGCUGAUGUUGAUGCAGAGACACAGGCAGCUGCUGCGUGAUGCUCCACCCCCAGUACUGGAGGAAAGACCUUGUUUCACUGUCACUUUCUAAAUCCUUUCACUGCCUGCCUUCCAUAUUUCCCUGUAAAUGCAGUAAUCACACGGAGAGCUUUUCUUCAGGGUCAAAUUAUCCUCCACAGACAGUUCUUCAGGUUGCUUUCACCCAAGAAUCACUCUUGACCAUAAGAGCAGACACGUUUUGGAGCAGUUUUUCCUCACUACGUUGCUGGUGGAUGUCUGAAAUCUUUUCUUUUUUUGUUUUGGUUUUUUUUUUUUGCCUUGUGUCCAUAACCCCCGUGAUGCUGGAUGAUGAAAGCAGGAUUUUUUGAACCCUGGUUUUGCUGAGGCACCAGUUCUCUCGUUGGCCUGAUUUUGGGAGCUGCAUCUGGGUGGUUUUCCUGUGACAAGAGCCAGCAGGAAUUCUCAACCUUUUGAGAGGUUGUCAUGGUUUUGACCAGGACAGAGGUUCAGGUGGUGGUGAGCAAAGGCAGAUGGUGCAAAGAGCUGGCAAAUCCCAGUUUGAUGUUGGUGUUUACCCCCAUGGAGAGCCACCAAUCUCUGAUUCAUUCACACAUCAGCCCUGGACACCCUGAGCUCUGUGUCCCUUCCCCAAACACAUCGAGGUGGAAAAUUAGAGACAAAAAAAAAGCCUCAUUCCAGAGAGUUCUCCUCUCUCCUGGCACUUUGGUCACCACACUCAGGUGUUAAAAGAGCAAUUGCUGGCUCCCGGCGCUUCCCUCCGUAAGUCACCCCGUUAAUUAUUGCAUUCAUUUACUGUGACCUUGAUGUAACGUCCACCCCCCUCCCCCCCAGGUUUAAUUGCCCAUGGAUUAAAUGGCUCUACAGUAGUUGAGAUGCAAAAUAGCACUUUCCCCAAGCUGUAUCCUGAAGGAUUGGCAAAAUUCUCGGUCCUUUCCAGCUGAUUCCUUGUGUUCAAAUCGAUAGAGAUUAAAUAAUUCAGUGUGUGUGUGUCCAGAGUCUCUCUUCACGGGAUAGUUAAGCAUGUGCCUGUUGUCAUACUUCAUCAAUGAUCUCGUUAAGUCACAUUCCUCCCUGAUGAAGUAACUUGGAGGAGCUGGCUUGGAGUGAUUCCUUGUAACUCCUUGCAUUUGCCUGUUGUUAUUCCUUUUCAUUUGCAAGAUAUUUAAAAAAAAAACAACAAACCCACCAAGAAACUCGAUGGAAAGCAAGAAAAAAAAAAAAUCAGUUUUUUUUAUUCUGUAGAAGCACCAUUGGAAAACGAGUGACUGUUUCCCAAUCUUGUGGGCUCCCCCGGAAUUCUAUUUUGUUGUUACCAUUUGAGAAGUGAGUGGAAAAAAAAAAAAAAAAAAAGAAAAAUAAUAAAUAUUUCAACAGCCUCUGCCAA